UUUUGGUCAGCCAUGGACCCCCGCGUGAGUAACGCUUGUGCAGAGGCGCAGUUGAGCCAGCUGUCAGUUCAGUGUGCGCGGAGACGUGUCAGUGAUGCACACACACGUUCGCUCAUUCAGACUGAUGGAGACGCGCGUGAGCCUUCAAGUCUGACCGCGCGUGAAGCGCUUCAGUAUGUUGUCAGAAUUACAACAUGGUCCUGGAAAGGUUGUUACCUGGAGGGAAGGAGUCUAAGAUGUCUACUUGAUUUAAACCAACACCAAAUAACUGCAGAGGAGGCGGAACAAUGCCAGACUCCGCCCUGUCUCCACCAAUUCCACCAGUCACUGCUCUGAACUGUUCCUUGGACCUAUCGAAUUGUUCUUUUGCUAACCUCUCCGCAAUUGCAUAUGACGAUGAGUGCUACGGCAGCCACUCUUUGUUUGUUGUAAUGGCGAUUGCCUACAGUGCUGUGGUACUGUUGGGUGUUGUGGGCAACCUAGCUCUCAUCCUUGUCAUUGCACGGCAACGGGAACUUCACAACGUCACAAACGUCUUAAUAGCAAACCUCUCCGUUUCGGACCUGCUGAUGUCCCUAGUGUGUCUGCCAUUUACCUUCAUCUACACCUUCAUGGACCACUGGGUGUUUGGCGCGGUCAUGUGUAAACUCAACAGCCUGGUCCAGUGCUGCUCUGUCUCAGUGUCCAUCUUCUCCUUGGUUCUGAUUGCCAUUGAGAGGCACCAGCUCAUCCUGCACCCUCGCGGAUGGAGGCCCAGCCUGAACCAUGCCUGCCUGGGCAUCAGCCUCACCUGGGCCCUGGCCGUCCUCACUGCCACACCCUUUCUGUUGUUCUCCAGGGUGACAGAUGCCCCUCUGAAGCAGCUUCCCUCAGUGUUUCAGGAGCAGUACAGGGGAAAGGUGGUAUGUGUGGAAGAGUGGCCCUCAAGAGAAAUCAAACUCACCUACACCACUGGCAUGCUGGUGCUGCAGUAUAUCACUCCUCUCACCUUCAUCUUCAUCUGUUACCUGAAGAUCUACACUCGUCUGCAGCGGCGUAAUAACAUGAUGGACAGAAUGCGUGAAAACAAAUACCGUAGCAGUGAGACUAAACGGAUAAACAUCAUGCUCUUUUCCAUUGUGGUGGCAUUUGCAGUUUGCUGGCUCCCGUUGAACGUCUUCAAUGCCGUCAUCGACUGGAACCAUGAAGUGGCAAUGAACUGUACCCACAAUCUCCUGUUCUCGCUGUGUCACUUAACAGCAAUGUGCUCUGUCUGCAUAAACCCGGUGUUCUACGGGUUCCUGAACCGCAACUUCCAGCGUGACCUCCGGGCUUUUCGACUCUGCAAAAUUGUGUCAGCACGAGAGAACGAAUAUGACAUGGUUGCCAUGUCGACUGUUCACACGGAUGUGUCCAAGAUGUCACUGAAAAUUAGUAGCCUAGAUCUCUAGUACAGUUUUGUAAGUGACACUCAUGUCUGUGUUCUGUAAAAUGCACUUGAUAAAACGUCUCUUUAGAUUUAGUUCAAAAAGAAAAGUGUGCAUUUAAAAUGAUUGUUUGAUUGUUAGUAAACAUAACGACUGAUAUCAUGACUUAUGCUGUAAGAAAGCAACUACAUUCCAAGCUCUGUAUUACAGUUGUAAAAUUGUACAUACAAAAUCAUGCGAGGAUGCUGAAUACAUUUCUUGAAAACAUCCAAUGUCCCGCAUCAGUGAGGGCUCUUUGGGACCAAGUAAGCGUCUGAAGACAUAACAGAAAUCGUACAAGGUUCAGACGAGUGGACUGAGCUUUGAUCACUCAGAGGAAAUCUUCCUGCUGUGCAUUUGAAUUAGAGUGAAGAAAGAAGAAAUGAAAAUGAAUGCAAAGCCCAAGAGGUCACAAAUUCAGAAAUGGAUUUAAAUGUAUAAUGAAUGUCAGCUGUGACUUUUAAGAGAGACACUGAACUUCUGUUUCUGAACUGGAUUCAUUUCUUUGAGUUCUGAGUGUUGAAUCCAAAAUUAAAUGUAUUUUCUUUUUAUUUAUCCCUUGACAAACCAAGCCUGCAAGAAGAAAAAGGCUGUUUUUUUUUCACACUGACAGCAAUUUGCAGCAACAAAGUGACCUGAUAUUGUUCUUUUUUAAUGAGAAUGGGUGACAGCGAGUGUUGGUGAAAUAACAAAGUUGAGAAGAGUGGCUCAGCAACCUCCAGCCAUUUAAACGCUGUCAGUGUAAACAAGGCUGUUGUGCUAUUGCUCACAGUGGCUUAUUUUAAGCUAUGGGGUGCCCAGUCCUGCUCCUGGAAGGCCAGCGUCCUCCUCUCCUGAAACUUUCAGGCAGGAUUUUGUUUUGUUUUGUGUUUUUUUGUUUUAUUUUUUGUUUUGUUUUGUUUUGUUUUGUUUUGCUUUGCUUUGCUUUGUUUUUUGUUUUGCUUUGCUUUGAUUUUUGUUUUGAUUUUUAUUUUGUUUUGUUUGUUUUGCUACUCUCACCUAAUCACAUUACACACAAAUAAAGAAAUAGGAAUGUGUCAGUAGUUUAAUCAAUGUAGUUCUGCAAUGAUGCAUAAUGAUUGUAAUUGAACAUAAAGAUGCUUUGCUAUUUCUAAUUUGAUAAUGAUAUUAAUUACCUCUACUUGAAUAUUACAUGUUAUGUUUUAGGUGCUGUUGCUUACUGACAGAUUUUCAAUAUAUUUUUUAGAUUUAUUCCUUCAAUAGCCUAUUAGAAAAUAAUAUUUUGUCAAUGUAAUGCCUUCACCAUUCUGUUUUAUGGUCAGUGUGGUCAUUGAAGUUUUAGUUUUAGACUUGUAUUUGAAUUUGUAAGAGCAAACAUAUUGUAAGACAGUAAAAUACAGAGUAUUUCUUACUCUAUACAGUGGUGGUCAGAAUUAUUGGCACCCUUGGUAAAUAAUAAUAAGCCUGUAAAAAUAAAUCUGCAUUGUUAAUCCUUUUGAUCUUUUAUUCAAAGAAUUCACAAAAAUCUAACCUUUCAUUGAAGUAAAAGAAUUGAAAAUGUGGGGAAAAUCUCUAUAUGAAAUAAAUGUUUUUCUCCAAAACAUGUUGGCCACAAUUAUUGGCACCCUUUUAUUCAAUACUUUUUGCAACCUCCUUUUGCCAAGAUAACAGCUCUGAGUCUUCUUCUAUAAUGCCUGAUAAGUUUGGAGAACAUCUGACAAGAGAUCAGAGACCAUUCCUUCAUGCAGAAUCUCACCAAAUCAUUCAAAUUCUCAGGUCCAUCUUGGUGCUUCUCCUCCUCAGUUCACCCCGCUCAUUUUCUUUAGGGUUCAGGUCAGGGAACUGGGAUGGCCAUGGCAGAAGCUUCAUUUUGUGCUCAGUGACCCAAUUUUAUGUUGAUUUUUAUUGUUUGUUUUGGAACAUUGUCCUGAUGAAAGAUCCAACCACGGCCCAUUAUUGGAUUUCUAGCAGAGGCCGUCAGGUUUCGAUUUUUUUUAUCUGUUGGUAUUUGAUAGAAUUCAUGAUACCAUGUAUCUGAACAAGAUGUCCAGGACCUCCAGCAGAAAAAUAGGCCCACAACAUUAAAGAUCCAGCAAUAUAUUUAACCGUGGGCAUGGGGUACUUUUUAUCCAUGUGUGCACCAAACCCGUCUGAUGGGUUUGCUGCCAAAAAGCUCUUUUUUUUAGUUUCAUCUGACCAUAGAAGCCGGUCCCUUUUGAAGUUCCAGUCUUGUCUGACAACUGAAUAUGCUGGAGAUUGUUUCUGGAUGAGAGCAGAGGAUUUUUCUUGAAACCCUCCCAAACAACUUGUGGUAAUGUAGGGGCUGUUUUUCUUUUUCUUUUGGGUUUUUUUUUUUUUUUUUGGCUUUCUGACCCCAAGAUUAAACUAAUUUCUGCAAUUCUCCAGCUGUCAUCCUUGGAGAGUUUUUGAUCACUCAAACUCUCCUCCUCGCCAUGCAUUAGGACAAUAUAGACGCAUGUCCUCUUCCAUGCAGAUUUGUAACAUUUCAUGUUGUAUUUUGGAGACCAACAUUUAUUAAUAAUGUGAUUUUUUCCCCCCACUUUCAAUUCUUUUACUUCAAUGAAAGGUUAGAUUUUUGCUAAUUUUUUAAAUGAAUGAUCAAAAGGAUAAACAAUACAGAUUUAUUUUUAGUCAUCUUUGAUCAUAUUUACCAAGGCUGCCAAUAAUUUUUUUCAUGACUGUGUAUAUAUAUAUAUAUAUAACAAUAAUUUACCCUCAAAAUUUGAAUGAUAAAUAGAGGUUAUCAAGCUCCUCUAUUGCUGUGCAGACUGUCAUGUGCUAUUGUUGGGAUUUUGCCAACAUUGGUGAUUGAUUCGUUCUAAAUUACCACAACAACAUAAUCACAAAAUGAUCAACCCACUACAAAACAGUCCCAGAUACAAAGCGAAGCAAUUAUACAGCUUUUCUAUGACGUGUAUGAGAGGUAGGCACUGUGCUUUUUGUGUACAGAAUGUACCAUAUGUGUGUGUGUGUGUGUGUAUAUAUAUAUAUAUAUAUAUAUACACAUAUAUGUGCUAAUAAUAGCUAAACAUAAUUAUUUUUUA